UCACUUCUAACGUUAUCUAUCAACGGAGAUCCGCACAUUCGCAACAGGCUGACAAACCCAUAUUUAGAGAUUAGAAUUUUUUUUAUAUAACCUAAAUAUCGGUUUCGUGUAUGUGGUAGCUGUACUCACAUGGCUGCUGAAGUGAAAACCUAAUAGAAGUUGUUAUGUAUGACAUUACUACAAUGUGUGUCGAAUCUGUUAAUCAAACUUAAUUUUUACAGUCUUCUGGUUCGCAGUCAGAGCAAGAUGGCGGUCCCUACAAAGCAGUACGGGCUGAUCUUGUCUCAGAAGAAAGGAUUGUCAAAGACCCUGCAGAAACACUCAGUGUUUGAGGAUGACUCGGAUGAUGAGACCACAGUUGGGGAGAGUCUGCAGAAAGAAGCUGACAAAAAGAAGAUGAUGAAGCAGACACGUUUGGAGAUGCACAAGGCCCUGCAACAGGACAGCACUGUUUAUGACUACGAUGCUGUGUACGAUGACAUUCAAAAAGAGAGACUUGAGAGCAACAAAAAAAUUCUGGGAGGCACUGACAAAAAGCCAAAGUAUAUCCACCAGUUAAUGAGAGCAGUCGAGGACCGAAAGAAAGAACAGGAACGGAGGGAAGAGAGGAAGAUCCAGAAGGAAAGGGAGAAAGAGGGAGAGCAGUUUGCAGAUAAAGAAGCUUACGUUACCUCCGCCUACAAGCAAAAACUGCUAGAGCAGAAGGAAGAGCAGGAGAGAGAAAAAAGAGAAGCAGAGAUAGAAGCGGCUUUGGACGUGAAGAAACAAAAAGACCUGAGCGGCUUCUACCGGCACCUGCUGAAUCAAACUGUAGGAGAGGAGGCGAUACCGGAUCGCUCAACAAACAAAGCUCAAAACUCAAAGGUUUCAAAAGACACAGAGCGGACUUCAUCAUCUACAUCUCACGACAAUAUCCCAAGUUCAUGCAGCGACAAUGAGGAGGGGCAUGAGCAGAAGACUGGGUUUAGCAAGCCUGGGGCAGGCUCUGCACACUCAAAACGCCAAUACAGACAGAGGUCGCCUUCAUCAGGGAGCGGAGAGGAGAAGGAGAAAGAGAAGGAGAGAGACAGACAUAAGAAGAGCCACAGAGAUCAAGACAGAGACAGAGGACGGGAUAGAGAUAGAGACAGAAACAGGGGAAGGGAAAGAGAUGACAGGCACGGGGGAAGAAGAGACGACAGGGAUAUAAGGAAAGACAGGGACAGAGACCGAGGCAGAGAAGAUGACAGAAGCAGAGGUAAGGAUACAGACAGGGAGAACAGGCAUGGGAAGAGGGAGAGGAGCCCUAAAGAAAGAGAGAGGGAUAAGAAUGGGGAAAGAGAGAAGAGGAAGAAUCCAGAUGAAGACAGGCGCAAGGACAAAGGUCAGGAAGAAGACAAGGAAAAAAAGAAGGAAGCAGAGAAGGAGAAGGCAGUAAAGGAGGAAGAAAAAGAUCCAGAAAAGAUGGAAGCAGUCGGAGAACACGGAACGGAAAAAGAAGAACACGGAACGGAAAAAGAAGAACACGGAACAGAAAAAGAAGAACCGGAACAGAAAGGCGAGGAAAUGGAGGAGAAGGCAAGCAAGUUUGCAAAGCGCAGCACGGAUCACACUGUGAGUUCAGCGAGAGACAGGUAUUUGGCCAGACAGAUGACACGCUCGGCCUGUAAGACUUAUAUAGAAAAGGAGGAGGACUGAGAUCUGUGCAGCACGCAACCUUCAUCUUAAUAUAGAGGGUAAUGUAAUGUCUUUCCUUUUUAACAAAUCCCGGGAAAGGACUAACAAACAACAAGUUAGUUUCUUCUUCUGUCAAUACUUUGACCUCCCUGCCCUGUCACCUGGGCAUAUUGGGUUCUACUGAAGCUGUUUAAGAACGGACUUUCUUUUCAAGGCUCAGUGAUCUCCUAAAACAGCUGGGCACUCUAGCUAUUUGCAAACAUUCCUCAAACAGGAGUAAAUAGUGCAUUUGUUGUGGACUAUAUUCAUAGACUUGUUAGUGGGAAGAAUUUUAGUCUUUUCACGGGAUUUGUUAACAAUAAGAAAAAUAUUGCCAAUUGCCAAUCUUAUCCUGUAACGGCUGACUCCACCAGACACUGCUGUGGACAUAUUUAAACAGUAGAGUGUGCUCAUGGUCUGUCUUUUGCACUUGAAUUGGUGGAUUUGAUUUAUUAUUGUGAAAUAAGAACACUGACUUGUAAAUAUGAGUUUUGGCAGAGAGUCCCUUUUGACAUCUGCACAGGAAUGAGUGUAACUUGUCUUAUUGCUUGGUUCGGAAGAAGUGCGGAACAACGUAUGAGCCAGUGAUAUUGUGUUUGACUUUUGUUUGAGUCUUUCUCAUGUAGACAAGUUAAUAAAAUCAUUUUUGGUCCACA